GCACAGCGAAAGCGCCGCUCCUCCGCUCCAGUCAGUAUCACUCCACUCCGAGGUGUGCACGCGGAGGAGAGGGUUUCUUUUUGUACAAGUUUUCUUCUGGAAAUAUCGUCCUGUGACUGGAGGGAAUGGGGAAUUGACCAUACUCGGGCUCCCAGCGGGAAUGAAAAUUGCGAGGAAGAUAGCGGUGUUGAUUUUUUCCCUCCAGAGGAGAAACAGUAAGUGACAGACUGAAAGGGCUGCUCGUGCGCCUUGCUGUCCCGGGGGAGUCUUUUUUUGUUUAGUGUUAACCCAACUAACUGUGAACACGACCACUGGCGCGCUCUCCUCGAGGCCGGGGACUCGCUCAAUGAUAUCCUCCAAAUACUUAGUGUCUGACGUGUAUGAGUGUGUCCGGUUAAGCUGCGAUGAGGAGGGAAUUUAACAGCGGUGAAGCUCCAGACGUAGACGGCAAGAGCUAAGCUCCCCUCGCCAGCCAGUCAGCGGUGGUCAGGGACCGCAGACCACAACCACAAAACGCAGGCUGCUCAUUGCAGUGAGUCAGUAUCAUGGAGGCAGGCAGCGGGGCUGCCGCAGCGGUGGGGAGUGCAGCACUGGGUUUGCUGGGAGCCACAGCCACAUCCAGCCAUGACAUCUUGGACAGGGGUCUGAGACCUGGACGUCAUCUGGAGGACGACGACCUUGUGCCUGAACUGGCUCACAUCCAUCCCAGAGAGAGACCAGACUGGGAGGAAACCAUCAGUGCCAUGGCAAGGAGUGCUGAGAUCCCUGAGCUGAGGACUGAGCCCCUCAUGCGCUCAUGCAGCAGCAGCACAGCCAGCAUGAAGGUCAAGAAUGUCAAGAAACUUUGCUUCACCAAGGGCCAUUUCCCAAAACUGGCAGAGUGUGCUCAUUUCCACUAUGAAAAUGUGGACUUUGGUACAAUUCAGCUGUCCCUUGGCGAUGAACAAAGUGAAGUGACGCGGAAUGGCUAUGAAUCUAAGGAGCUGGUGUACUUGGUUCAUAUUUACUGCCAGGGUCGAAGUUGGAUUGUGAAGCGCAGCUAUGAGGAUUUUCGUGUCCUGGACAAACACCUGCACCUCUGCAUCUACGACCGACGCUUCUCACAGCUGCCUGAGCUGCCUCGAUUGGACAGUCUGACUGAUCAGUCUGAGGUAUUGGAGCAUCCAAAGACUUCAGUUUCCCAGAUGUUGUUGGCUUACCUCUCCCGGCUCUCAGCAAUUGCUGACAACAAGAUCAAUUGUGGGCCUGCCCUCACAUGGAUGGAGGUGGACAAUAAGGGGAAUCAUCUGCUGGUUCACGAAGAAUCGUCCAUCAAUGUUCCAGCGAUUGCUGCUGCUCAUGUCAUAAAGCGCUACAUAGCCCAGGCCUCAGACGAGCUGUCCUUUGAGGUUGGCGACAUCGUGUCUGUGAUUGACAUGCCCCCUAAAGAGGACACCACAUGGUGGAGGGGCAAGCAUGGUUUUCAGGUUGGCUUCUUCCCCAGUGAGUGUGUGGAGCUCAUAAAUGACAAAGUGCCACAGUCCAUGACCAACUCAGUGCCAAAACCAGCCUCCCCCUGCUCUGGCCUGCCGCCUGCUUCUUGGAGUCUCUUUCCCCCCUACUUGGAGAUGGAGAGUGUAAUACAGGACAGUGCAUGGGUGGCCGACCCGCUAAACCACUACAGCAUAAGUUCAGUGUCUAAAAAGCACGGGAAGCUGAUCACCUUCUUGCGCUCCUUCAUGAAGUCCAGGCCCACCAAACAGAAGCUGAAGCAGAGAGGCAUCCUCCGGGAGAGGGUGUUUGGCUGUGACCUGGGAGAACACCUCCUCAACUCAGGACAUGAUGUGCCCCAGGUCCUCAAGAGCUGCACGGAAUUCAUUGAGAAGCACGGCGUGGUGGACGGCAUUUACCGCCUGUCUGGAAUUGCUUCAAAUAUCCAGAAAUUGCGGCAUGAGUUUGACUCUGAGCAGAUCCCUGACUUGACCAAAGAUGUUUACAUCCAGGACAUCCACUGUGUUGGCUCGCUCUGUAAACUCUACUUCAGAGAGCUGCCUAAUCCACUGCUCACCUACCAGCUCUACGAGAAGUUCUCUGAGGCUGUAUCAGCAGCGACAGACGAAGAACGACUCAUCAAAAUCCAUGACGUCAUCCAGCAGCUUCCGCCACCGCAUUACAGGACCUUGGAGUUCCUCAUGAGGCACCUUUCCCGCCUGGCAGCAUUUAGCUACAUAACCAACAUGCACAGUAAGAACCUUGCCAUCGUGUGGGCGCCCAACCUGCUGAGGUCAAAACAGAUUGAAUCCGCCUGCUUCAGCGGCACAGCAGCCUUCAUGGAAGUUCGAAUCCAGUCUGUAGUGGUGGAGUUCAUCUUGAACCAUGUUGAUGUGCUUUUCAGCACUAAACUCAGCUCACUAAUAAGAGAGGGAGCAGGUCACAACUCUUUGUCACGGCCGAAGUCCCUGCUGGUUUCAUCACCCUCAACAAAACUUCUAAGUCUAGAGGAGGCCCAGGCCAGGACCCAGGCUCAGAUCAACUCUCCAGUCACUGAAGACAGCAAGUACAUUGAAGUGGGUGAAGGUCCAGCUGCUCUGCAGGGCAAAUUCCACACCGUCAUUGAGUUUCCCACAGAGAGGAAGAGACCGCCUAACAAGUCAAAGAAGUCUCCUGUAGGUAGUUGGCGUUCUUUCUUUAACCUGGGCAAGUCUUCCUCUAUGUCCAAGCGGAAGUUGCACCGCAAUCCCAGUGAGCCUAAUGAGCUAAAGGCUAUGGCUCUCGCUGGAGGAAGAGGAGACACUGCAACAUUAAGGUCAGCCAAAAGUGAAGAGUCACUGAGUUCCCUGCAUAAUGUUGAAGGCGAGUCCAAGGUGUACCGUCCUCGGCGACCGCGCUCCAGCAGCGAUGCUCUGUCAGCCUCCUUUAAUGGCGAGCUGCUGGACAGCCGGCAGCACUGCAACUCAUACGAUAACCUGGACGGCACAGAAGACAGCGACGGAGACGACGGACCCAUCUGUGUGCCUGCUCUUAUCUCGCCUCCACGCUCAGCAGGUGAAGACGUGGACCUCAGCCCUCCAGACAUCGGGAUGGCCUCCUUGGACUUCGACCCCAUGUCAUUCCAGUGCAGUCUCCCUGACACCUCCUAUGCCUUCCCCCUGGAUGAUUCACCGGUCAGGGCUGAGGGCUCCACUUUAAAGAGGAACCAGGGCAACAUCUGUGGCAAGACCAAUGGCUCUGAUCUCAUCUCUGCCUCCUUCAUCAGCAGCUUGACUUCCCCGCUAUCCACAGAUACCAGCGUGGCUACAGGGGAAAAGGCAGAGAACAAGAAGCUGACUGUGUCUUACUCGUACACUGAUAAACCCACACAGGCCGUGUCACCUAUUAAAUGUGGAAAAGCCGCCAGUUUGACACCUUUUGUCACUUCAGACACUUUGUCCACAGAGACACGUGGGAAGAUUACAGCUGGACAGGCUGUCUUUCCACAGUCUUUAUCUUCUCCUUCGAUAUGCAAGGACUCUCCUCCAUUGAUGGGCAGUGUAUUGCUGAAAGUAGCUGAGCCAUCGCUAAGUGAAGCUUUUCAAAUGGAGCUGAAUUCUAAGCUGGCAGCCUUUGACAGUGUGGACAGCCGAGAGGUAAAGGGAGAGGACGGCGUGCAGCAGGGACCAGUUGCUAAUAGCCAAGAGCACCAAGGAGUCACAACUCUGGACUCUUCAAAGGACCCAACCCCUUGUUCCUUCAGCUCUACAGCACCCUCUUCUGCCCCUCCUCCUCCACCUCCUAAAAAUGCUGCCCGCAUGUUGGCCCUGGCCCUGGCUGAGUCUGCUCAGCAGGUGUCCACUCAGUCUCAAUUGCGGUCUUCUGAGCCCUCAACACCGCUGUCCUCUCUGCAGCCACAUGAGGCCUCCAGCUUCCAGGACUCCCCACAUCCUUUUGUCCUACAAUUCCAGACUGCCUCAGAAGACGGAGCUGGACGAGGAAGUACUCCCCCACCUAACAAUGCUGCUACAAAUGUGAUCACAGUUUCAUCUCAUCCCUCCACUUCCAGUCCUUCAAACAAACACCAGCCACCAGAGUUAACCAGCGUGAUCACUAAGCCAUCAGACAGUGCCAAGUCCUCUAUACCUGCAUCGCAGCCAGAAGUGGACUCCCCACCAGACAAUCCACUUUACAAUUGUGCCCCACUCUCAACAUCGCCCAGCCGGACUUCUCCAACCAGGAAAAGUCCAGAAAGACAGCAGCCUGUGACAGGACCGGUCCCACUUCAUAGUAGCUCAUCCAGUUCCACUGCAGCCACAACCCCCAGUGGCAACAGCAAAGAGAGUGGAAUCUUACCACAGCCUGGUCCUGAGAUCAAGCCAGAGGAGAAGGCACCACCCCCAGUUCUUCCAAAACCACCAGAACAGCCAGCUCAGAAGCUGAAAAAAUCAGUCCCACCACCCCAAACCCAAACUCAGCAGCAGAGCCAAGCCCAAAUACAACCUCCAGCUCAGACACAGCCUCACACACAUUCCCAGACAUUAGUCCAAACCCAGCCUCAUCUCUCAAAGGCUAGCGCAAGAGUCGCGCCCACCUCUGCUGAGCCUGUGGAGAAACCUUGGGAGGCCAUAAAGCCAGUGCAGCCCUGUGCAGAGUCUGGAAAGUAUCACGACUCCUAUGGACCCACUCCUCCUGCCCCUCCUGUUCGCACUAUAGAAAGCAAACUGGCCACAGCAGCACUCAGCCAGAGUGAAACCUCCUACCAUAUCCUUGGUGAAGGUCCUCCACCUGGCCAUAUGGAGGAUGCUCUCCCUCACCAUCCUCUUUCUCCUCGUAAAUCUUCCACACACCAGCCAGCCUACCUGUACCACGCUAAAGGAGAACCCGUCCUAAUUGAUCCUCCAGGAGCUGCAUACUACCACCAGAGGCCUGUAACUCUGGGCCCGCAGUCUAUACCACACCACUACCAACCAGACAGUGUCCCUCCACACACCUAUGUGUCAAAGUCUGAGCCUCAGAUACCCUACAGUGCCCGAAUAGAUAACAGAUACAGCACUUUAGGCCCCAGGUCCUACCAUCACUCCAUCAAGUCCAGAGGAAACCCCAGGAGUGUUUACCUAGCCCCAGGGCCCGGGCACCAGGGCUACAGUCAUGACAGAACCCACGGCUAUCCCACCAUCCGCAGAGUGCACUCGCUCCACGUUCCUUCCACCAUUCGCUCAGUGCCCAUCCAGAGGACUGAAGUUCCUCCAGAUGAUGACAUGUUCUUCUACCACCGACCGGUGUACCAGUGCAAAGCCCACCAGCAGCCCCCGCAGCAGUCCUCACAAGCAGACUACCAUGUUACCCAGCUGCAGCCUUACUUCGAGAAUGGACGAGUCCAGUACCGCUACAGUCCGUAUUCUGGUUCAGGCCCAUUGGAGGCGCCUUUCUAUGACAUUGACCCAUACGGCACUAUCAGAGUCAGGCACCUUCACUCCUACAGCGGCCGAGAUGCAGGAACACUUCCUGGGCGUCCUAGUGGAAAGGCAACUGGGUACCACUACCUCGCUCGCCACAUUCUCCCUCCUGGGAAGGAGCACAGCUUUGUGAGCAGGGACAUGCCCCCCGGGCAUGGGAGCAAAGAAGUUGCUGCUUACUUAUCCUGGGACCCAGAGGAGUCCGAAAGGUUGCGUAUGCAUUCUAUCCGCAGGGAGAGCAGGGCCAGGCUUAAGAUUAAAGGCCCCGUCCUCUCUCAAUAUGACAACGUGGGCUUGUUCACACCAGCAGAUAUAUCAGGCUAUGAAACCCUGCACCUGCGCAGUAAAUCUGACCCAGGCAAAGCUGUGCUGAUACCGUCUGAGAGCAAAGACGGCCGCUACCUGCCCAGACAAAUGGUGUCGGACCCUGAAGCCCUCAUGUACAUGGAGACUGACAAGCAUGUCCAGGGCAGCGGAGUGGGUGACAAGCCUGAUGCACUUUCCAAGCAAAGCAGCUCCAAGAAAUGCCAGUCCUCUCACUCCCUCCCCUCUGCUCUGAGCCACAGUCUUUCUCAUCAGCAGGAGAGCGGUCGGCACGAGGCCAAGUAUGAGCCCGGAGAUGACGGCAGCAGGUCUAAACACAAGAGGAACUUUCAGGCGCGUUACGAGUGUCCAGAUUCUGACCACCACCAGAGUAAAGUGAAAACAUCAAGCGGCUUCCACAGCACAGACGAUCAGUCAUCAGCCCCCAGGGAACAAAUCGGCCGCUCCAAACCCGAGCGAUCGCACAGCGUCCGAGAGCAGCACUACAGCCAGGCCAAAGCAGACCUCGACAGAGACUACUCGUGUCAGAAACACAGCACGAAAGCAGUGCAGUCCCACUAUGACAACUUGGACGAUUACCACCCAGUACCUCAGCCUCAUGCCCCUGUUCAAAAACAUGGAGCGUCCAGCUCCUACCCAGCCCCAGGAUUUCCAGUGAGCCACAACAACAGAGCUUACUCCACAGCACUAGGCCAGGGGGCCUAUAUCCAGACUAGCCUGGCCAUGCAGAGGCCCGAGACAGAGAUUCAUACAGAGUGAAGCAUUUAGCGGGAGGUGUAAAAUAAUCUUAAGCUGUGUAGAAGAAAGACUCUGAGCUACGGUUGAGCAGCCUCUGCAGGACAGUGGACUGAUGUAUCACCAAUAUUUUUGCUUCUCUGUAUUUUUAAAGAAUUGUAAAGAAUAUUGUAAGACUUUUUACAGAAAGUCCUGAAUGUAUACCUGAAAUUAUUGUCCAUGAGGUCUUGUUGUUGUGAUUGAUUGAGACAGUAGCCGGUCAUAAAUGUAUAAUGAUAUGAAAGACGUGAGGUACUUUUAAUAGGAACCACAAAAAUGUAAAUUAUAUAUACUAUAUAUACAAAUAGAAACACUCAUAAAAAGGGAUUUUAGUUUGGUUUUUGUUUUUUUUAUAUGGUGUGUUGCUGGGUAUGAGCAUCAACUGGGACUAAGGUUUGCAUUUUAGAAAUGCAUGCACUCUAUCUCUUACAGAACAGUUCUGUGUACUUCUCUAUCCAUUGCGUUCUCUCUGGAUGUCACAGCACAAGUCGUUUCAGGAGGAGGAUACAUGUAGGUCAACGCAGCGGCCUCCUGCUAAUACAUACAGAAGCAGCGUGUCCAUGUUUGUUUUGAAGAAUCUGAGCAGGAGGUUAGAUGAGGACCUGCAGCGGGGUACUUUGAGUUAAUGUAGUGCUUGUCAAUGUCUUUAUUUUCUCUGACUGUGCCAUUUUUACGUAACUUUGUUAUAAACUGAUUACAAUGACUUCUAAUGGAAUGUUUUGGUACUCGUGUUCUUCAUUAGAAGAGGGACCAAAUGACUCGGCACAGUUAUUGCACAUAUGGGAUAAAGAUGGGAACGUGGAUGAAUGCCUGUUGUAGCACCAGAACUGUAAGGGGUUAUUUUUCCUGUUUUUUUUCCCCCCCAAUCAGAUUCAUGGUACUUUCUGGGCUAACUGAAUAAAGCUGGAAACAAUGUCCUUCUGAACAAUGUGGGGAAGAACACAUUGUUGCUGCUUUGUUGGGGAAAAACUUGGAUGAGCCUUAAAUUUUGCGAUCCUGCGAUCCAUACAUUUUAUUUUUCCUGUCAUAAUACAUAAAUGCAUGAUGAUUCUCGAUAUGUCAAGGCUGAAGGAUUAUUUUGAUUUUUGUGGGUUAUUUAGUUUCGUAUCACCUCGAUGGUUUUACUUCUUUUUUUUUUCUUCUAAGGAUAUGUGGGACAAUUUUCUUUUCAGGCUGGAAAUCAAUGUAUAGUACAUUCAUUUGGUAUUAUACUAUAAGCCCUUCUGGGUAAGCAUAAUGGAUGGAUUACAAUAUGUUUCAACUACGUCCAAAUCCAGGUUGUACUCUGUAACUGUUUGACUUCUAUAUCGCUUGCAGAUUCUGCUCCUCUUGCCUUAUGUAAAGCCUCUACCUUUUCAGAUGGGGCGUUGAUGUAAGGCAUUAUGUACUUGAAUGUGAAAACACUCGUCUCAAAAUAGAAGUUAUCUACAGUCAGAUAUGAAAUAAAUAAAACUGUUCAGGAAGAGAUAGAA